AUGGUUCCGCCGAAGAAGACCCCUACUAACCGUGGUAAGCACCCUGCAGUUAUGGUGCCCGAUAAUAAAACCUAUAAGCAUGAAGAUGACGCUCUCGAUCCGAAGACCCCGACCCCUAAUCCUCUAAGACUAGUUAAUACCGAUAAAGAUAACGAAGACGAUAACGGAGCUGAUAAAGUGGAGACUAAUAUAGAACGCGAUAAAGUAAUUACUUAUCGUGACCACAUAAUCCGUGAACGGGGUGACCUCGCAUUCCGUCUCAACUCGAAUGUGACUAGUUCCGGCGCACUAGUGAUAGAGGCCGUGGCUACCCGAAAGUCUAUAAAGAUGCCUAACGCUCUAAUGCUUAGCGAUAGUAAAGAAGUCCGUUUCGAAACCUAG